AUGGUAGGCGGAUGUGUGUCUAUACAACACCGUGUUGAUCUUGACACGGUGUUGGCGUACAUGGAUGGCGCCGUGCCGCUUGCAUUCACAAUAGCCACACCGUGGCUUCGGCGCCGUGUGGAGCAGCGGGGAUGGAUCCGAUCUGUACAACAACUCCAACAGCAACAACAACAAGAAGAGAAACAACAAUUAUCGCCUCCGCCUAGUUCUAUUCAUCGUCAUCGUCCGCGUGAGGGAGUGGCCAUUCCACGUCGUCACCGUUCCCCACUCCCACCUGCUUUACAUCAUCAUGAUGCCAUGUUGUUAGAUCAACUUUGGCGACAAGGACGUCUCAAUAGCAAUGUUAUUAUUAGUAGUAAUAGUUAUAGUAAUAGUAGUAGUAAUUGUAAUAAUAAUAAUAAUAAUAAUAAUAAUAAUCAUCAUCAUAGUAGUAAUAAUAAUAAUCAUAAUACAAAUAGUGAGUGGGUGUGUGGCUCUACUACUGAUGUGCUAGUAUUAGAAGAUAUGUCCUCUACAUGUCAUCUCUUUCUCUCCAGUAGUGUAGAGGCGCCGAGUGAAGAUAUUCUCUACUGGUUGGCCCGUCCACGUUCUGGAGAAGAUAUGCGCUGGGCGGCGCGGAGUCGUAUUCCACUUGCCGUAGAUGAGAUGACAAAAACAAUUCCAAACGAUGCGUGGAAGAUAGUAACACCAGAUGGAAAUUCUCGUCUACUCCCACGUGCGCGUGGAUUGGCUCUUCAUAUUACGGAGCGGCAUUUACAAUGGUUGGCAACUGCCCUCGUGGCGGGUUUAUCACAUCUGCAGGAAUUAUAUCUCUCUCUUGAUGAAGGACUAUUACCACCGCCACGAGAGAUGUGGUGGUGGAUUAGAUGCAUGCUCGCUGGUAAUGCGAAUGUGCGUGUGCUUUGUAUAUUCCCUUCCCCCGCAUUGUGUUUGGGAUCACCACGAAAAGAAUUUGGUGAAGAUGAUGUAUUCGCACCUUAUGUGGAGGAAAUGGGUCCUGUGAGUGUAAAUGAAACAGUACUUGGUUAUUUUAGUGAGAAUAAUAUGAAUAAAAAAGAUGGGGAUUAUGAUAAUCUAUACAAUAAUGGAUUUAAUAGUAUUUUACAUGGAACCAAAGUGAGAAGUGAUGAAAUUAUGAGUAGUAAUUCCAUUUGGGAAAGUCCAGGUUUCAUGUCAUUAGAAGCAACUAUGCAAAGAAGUGGUGGUUGUGAAAGUUGUUGUACUUCUUCACAAUGUGAAAAAACUUUAGUACAACCUCGUUUACUUGAUUGUACAGAUAUACGUGGAUUAGAAUCCUUACCAUCUCUUGAAGUUCUUUACAUUUGUCCUUCCGCAAUAAAAUCACUUUCAUUGCUAAAUCACCGUGACACUUCCUUGAAGGAAUUAUACCUUCUAUCGAAUACUAAACUGGAUUCAUCUGGAAUACGUGGAGUAGAAAAUAUUUCAGAUUUGGAAAUUUUAUGGCUUGAGGGAACUUCUGUUCGGGAACUCUCAUCACUACGUUAUUCAAAUUCUCUACGUGAACUUCAUAUUGUUUUGGAUUUUGCUUUUAACACCUCUACAUUACAAGGAAUAGAAUGUAUUCCAACACUUGAAGUCUUACAUCUUGAAAGGGUCACUAUAGAUGCUCUCUCGUUUAUUGCUAAAAGUACGACCUUACGGGAAUUAAUACUACAUGCAUGUCGUAUAUUUUCUACAAAAACACUUUUAGAAAUAGAAAAGGCACCAUUAGAAUAUAUUUCCUUGGCGUAUAAUGAUGGUUUACGAGAUGUUAACUUUUUAUCAAAUUGCAAGACUCUUCGUCAACUUUUACUUACUAGGUGUAAUGGAAUUAAUACAGCUUCAAUUAUUGAAUUAGGGAUAUUACCAUAUUUGGAAAUGUUAGCAUUGGAAUUUACACGUGUAGAUUCCACUAAAAUAUUAUCUGGUAGUUCAUCUUUACAACAUCUUCGAUUAAGUGGUUGUAAACGUAUUCUUAGAGGUUCAAUCAUUGGACUAGACUCUUGUAAAGUGUUAAAGUAUCUCUCUUUACAGGAUACGAAUGUUAUUAGUGUAGAGGCAUUAUAUUCUUCUUGUAGUUUAGUCGAACUUGAUCUUAGUCGUUGUCGUCAUUUAGAACAACAAGGAUUGGAGGGACUUGUUGAUAUUCCAACAUUAAAGAUACUUUAUCUCUCAGAUACUCCCAUUGUAAGUGUCUCUUUUUUACAGAGCUCUACAUCACUGGAAGAAUUAUAUAUAGAUAACUGUUUAAAUAUUGAAAGUGAUGGAUUACGAGGUCUUGAGUUAAUUCCAACAUUACGAACUCUUUCCAUGACAAAAAGUCAAGCCAACGAUAUUACCUCUCUUGGAAAAUCUCAAUCUCUUGAGAUACUUAACAUUACUUCAAUGGAACGUCUUCGUACAUUUGGCAUUUGCGGUAUUGAGUCUUGUUCAUCCCUCCGUCAUCUUAACAUGGCGUUUUGUGGUGUAGAUUCAGUGACCUGUUUGGCAAAUGGUUGUUGUCGUCUGCAGUAUCUUAAUUUGCGUGGAUGUCAGCGACUCACGGCGGCGGGUCUGCGUGGACUUGAAAAACUCCCUCUGUUGACUGAUAUCAUUUUAGAUGAUUUGGAUCUUGUUACUGAUAUCAACCAUCUUGCCCAAUCUCCCGCACUACGAAGAGUAAGUGCUAUGCGAUGUACGUCAUUGACACUUUCUGGAGUUCAAGAGAUUCUUGCAAGGCCACAUUUAAUAAUUCUGGAUCUUUGA